UUCAACUUCAUUCAUUAUUCAUUCAUUUUAGAAAUGGCAUCUGCGUCGAUUUGUUUGUGUUGAAUACGUAACGUAACAAAAUAUAAACGAAGUGUACUAUCAGACCAGACCGAUAUUUUAAAGUGAAAUCUCAAGAUGGGAGUACCAGCAUUUUUUCGCUGGCUGAGCAGAAAAUACCCCAGCGUCAUUGUUGAAUGUAUUGAACAGAAGCCAACCGACGUUGAUGGCCAACUUGUCUACAUUGACUCUUCACUCCCAAACCCCAAUGGGGUGGAAUUUGACAACCUGUACCUGGACAUGAACGGUAUCAUCCAUCCGUGCACCCAUCCUGAAGACAAGCCACCCCCUAAGGAUGAGGACGAGAUGAUGGUGGCUAUCUUCGAGUGCAUCGACAGACUGUUCCGCAUUGUGCGACCCAGGAAGCUGCUGUAUAUGGCUAUUGAUGGAGUGGCGCCCAGGGCUAAGAUGAACCAGCAGCGCUCCCGUCGUUUCCGGGCCUCCAAGGAGACCCAGGAGAAGAUCGACGAGAUUGCUCGCAUCCGCGACGAGUUGCUAGCUAAGGGUGCUUACCUGCCUCCAGAGAGGCCCAAGGAAGCUCACUUUGAUUCCAACUGCAUCACUCCUGGAACACCCUUCAUGGAUCGUCUCAGCAAAUGUCUACACUAUUACAUUCAUGACAGAUUAAACAAUGACCCAGGAUGGAAGGGCAUUAAAGUGAUCCUGUCGGAUGCCAACGUGCCCGGCGAGGGAGAACACAAGAUCAUGGACUACAUCAGGCGGCAGCGCGUGCAACCGGACCACGACCCAAACACGCAGCACGUGCUGUGCGGAGCGGACGCGGACCUGAUAAUGCUGGGCCUGGCCACACACGAGCCCAACUUCACCAUCAUUCGCGAGGAGUUCAAGCCCAACAAGCCGCGCCCCUGUGAUGUCUGCGGGCAGCUCGGACAUGAAAUGAAGGAAUGUACAGGAACAAACCCGGACGCGUCUCUAGUGAGAUCAGACCCAGCAUUCGGUAACCAGGACAAUUUCAUCUUUGUCCGUCUGUCUGUCCUCCGGGAGUACCUGGAGAGGGAGCUCCAGAUGCCAGACCUCCCAUUCCCUUAUGACUUCGAGAGGGCGUUGGACGAUUGGGUGUUUAUGUGCUUCUUCGUGGGCAACGACUUCUUGCCACAUCUACCCAGCUUGGAGAUCCGCGAGGGCGCAGUGGAUCGCCUCGUGAACUUGUAUAAGAAGUGUGUUUACAAGACUAGGGGUUGGAUCACAGACUCGGGCGACGUGAAGCUGGAGCGAGUGCAGGUGAUCAUGACGGAGCUCGGCCACAUGGAGGACGAGAUCUUCAAGCGCCGGCACCAGAACGAGAUCAACUUCAAGGCGAGAGAGAAGGUCAAGAAGAGGCAACAACAACGCGUCAACUUCGAAAUGCUCGAGAGGACACAGUUUGCACCCAUGGCCGUCGGCCAGAACCAGCAGAGCCAGUCCAAGCCGCUGGAGAACGUCCGCCGCGAGGCUGCCAACAUGCGCGUCGCCGGCAUGCAGAACGAAGCUGCGCAAGAAGCAGAGGGUCGCGGCCGCAAGCGGUCGUCGACGGCGGCGGGGCUGGACGAGGACGAGGACGACAAGAACGACGAGGUGCGGCUGUGGGAGCAGGGCUUCAAGGAGAGGUACUACGAGAGCAAGUUCGAGGUCGCCAGGGACAACCUCGAGUUCCGUUACCGCGUAGCCCUGCAGUACGUGCGGGGUCUAUGCUGGGUGCUCCGCUACUACUACCAGGGCUGCGCCAGCUGGAAGUGGUACUUCCCCUACCACUACGCGCCAUUCGCGUCCGACUUCGUCAACAUAUGCGGACUGUCCACCAAGUUCGAGGAGGGAACGCAACCCUUCCGUCCCCUAGAGCAACUGAUGGGCGUGUUCCCGGCCGCCAGUUCCACACACGUGCCCAAACCUUGGGCGAAGCUCAUGAGCGAUCCCUUUUCCCCAAUCAUCGACUUCUAUCCAACGGAUUUCAAGAUCGACUUAAACGGCAAGAAGUUCGCCUGGCAGGGCGUGGCACUGCUGCCCUUCGUCGACGAGGAGAGGCUCUUCAAGGCACUGGAGCCCUACUACGACGACCUCACCGAGGCCGAGAAGCAGCGCAACAUCCGUGGCCACGACCGCCUGUACGUGGGCACGGCCAACGCCAGCUACUCGUUCCUGCUGGGCCUGUACUCCAGCGCUGGGCCCAGGCUGCGCCAGCUCAUCGAGGACAAGCACAAGUACCCCUACCGCUGCGACGGCGUCACCGGGGACGUCAUGCUCAGCAAGGACUGUGUCGUCAUUGGAGGCCAGCUGCCAUCUCCAGUGAUAGGUCUGCAACCAGUGCUGGGCAACCACGUGGUGUGCGUGAGGUUCGUGGACCCAGCCUACGACAAGGAGUUCCCGGCGCGACGGCUAGAGGGCGCUCAGCAACCCCCGCGGGUACUCAAACCCGGGAACUUGUCACAUGAAGAGAAUAGAAACUGGAGGCCUCAGAUUGGCAUGGUCCGGUCCAACACCAUCGCGAGCAUGGAGGAGGCGGGGCGCCGCAUGCUGGGCCACCACCUGCCGCGGGGGAACUACGCCUCCAUACCGCCGCCCGAACAACACCAACGAUCACAUUCCUUCGGACCGCGGCCAGGCGGAUAUGUUCCCUACCAGAACCAAGAGCACGGACGUAGCUACAGUUCUACCGGGCAGGAACAAGGUGGGGGCUACAACCGUAAUUAUAACCAGGGCUCCCGUAACUACGGGCAGAGGAACCAGGACUACAGCCAGAACAGCCGCGGAUACCAGCAGGGCCAGGGGCACCAGUCUAACCAAGGUUACCAGUCGAACCAAGGGCACCACUCCAAUCAAGGCCAUCAGUCCAACCAGGGCAACCGACCCAUGAACAAGUACCAGAACAGAAGUAAUGUCUACAGCACUUACCAAGGAUACCAAUCACAAGAAUCAAAUCAGCCAAAAACGAGAAAUAUGGGCUCCAUCACCAGCCAGGGAUACAGGCCCCCAAAUCCUCAAAAUCAAGGGUAUUCCAGCGCAGAGGGAUCACGAGACCCGAGGAGUAAAUAUAGUCGGGAUAGGAGACAACAUGGCAGGUCUUGGAACUAAAAUAAUUAUAUUUUUUAUAAUAAAUUGUAAGUAAUGAGAAAAUAGACGACGUGUUGUCAAGAAAGCUGUCAUGGUGACAGUAUUUGAGGUGCUCCAGUAGCACACGCGAUAAUUAUAAGUUUAUGUAUGCAUAAUCAACAAACACCAUUUUCAAGUAAAUGGGAAAAAUAGCCAAGUUGUUUUCCAACGAAACACUUUCAGGAUUAUUUCCUUUAAUUGACGACAAAUGUACAAUGUGUUUGUAUAUUUUGUGUUGUAUGAAAUAAUGGUUAAAUGAUGAAAUAUUGAUUAUAAGUUAUUUACAGAAAAUACGUUUUAUGACACAAAUUACUGGUAGCUUGUACCAGGCGCUUGAUUAAUUUGACGCAGAUAUAAUUAAGUAAACAAAAUCAUUUAUGAUCCUUCUAGGAUUACUGCAUUUGGUUUAAACACAUUAUGUUUAAAGUGUUUAAACUUAGUGGAGGUGGCUAAAGACGGAGUUGGACUUUUUGUAAAUAUAUUAAAGUGUAUUAUUUGUGUGGUGGGUUACUUUUGAAAACAUUAAUAUCGUUAUAAAGGACAUUUUACAUGAUAGAGUAAACAAGCGAAGUGCAAUACUUUGCUAGAUUCUGUAACAAGACUUACGUGGAAACACUAUCGAGUUAAUGUUUUUAAAAUAACCCUGCUUCAAACAUAGUCUUGUUUACACCCAACCACGGACGUCACCGUAUAGUAAGUUUCACGAGUCAAAGCAGUAAAUAACUAAAUGCCAAUUUCAAUAACCGAUCUUAAUCUAAAAUUUUUGGAUUGAUCUGCAUUUUUGACAGAAACUCUAUACAACUAAUGUUGGAAAUCGAUCUUAAAAUAAAGAUUUUGGAUUGAGAUUGGUUAAGUUGACGUUAGUUUGUCAUUAGUUUAAAAUCAAGUGGUUUUCACUCAAUUUUUAAUAUGACAUCGUACUUUUAAGUACUGUAUGUCUUAGAAGCGGCAGUGUAGCACAUCAUUGCUUUUUUAACAAUGAGAAGAUGUGAACACAUUUACUGUUCGUGCAUAAAAAUGCCAAGUCUUAAAUAAGUUUGUUACAAUUAUUAUAUAAAAUGCUCUCUGGUAUAGAAAAACUAAAAUUACUGUAAGUUGGCGUACAUACGUUGCCAUUUCACAAUGAAUGAACGUCUCUACUUCAUCAAUUUAAUUAUAUUUCAUACAAAAAGUAGUAAAGAAUUUUUACAUCAAAUGUCGCAAUCGAUGAGGCAUUUAAUGCACGCACAGUCAAUGUGUUAAGAAUUAUACUAAGGCUGCCAUUAGACACUAAAUUGUAAUAGAAUUUUCACAUACUCCUAAUAUGUUAUGUUAAUAUUAUAGGGCCACGCUUAUUUAGGGAUCUUCGGCGCAUUCGACUUGAAGAUAGAUUUUUUUUUUAUUAAAAUUCCUAAACGUUAACGUUUUGUUUGUAGUCGUUAAUAUAUUUUUGUAUGUAUGUACCUAUUGGUUGUGAAGUUCAACCAUUAGAUCGCAGAGUCGACUGACGGAAAUGGUCCGAAAAUAUGACAUAAUAUCGGCAACUAGUAUUAGUAGAAAUGUUUAAUUAAUAAAUGAAUGAGGUCCGGUUUCACCACUGUCGGGAAGUGGUGAAACAUGAGCUCAAUAUUAAAAAUGAAACUUUUUGUAUUUUGUAAAAAUUGAACUGAUUCGCGGACUUUGCGAUGCUCUACCGUGCACCAUUAUUAUAUUUAUUGUUCAUAUUAUUGUAGCCACUGGUUUGUGUAAAGUAUUGCGUUUUCCAAAUCAAUACGUGUAUUGUAUGAGUUAAUGAAUGAUUUCCAUUUUGUCUGUCUGAUUGCAAUAUUGUGGUUUAAUCGUAAGAUUAAUUUUGUAAAAAAAUGAUUCGGCACCAAUCAAAAAGAAAUAUAUUUCAAUAAUUCUA